GUCCUCAUCAAGCUUUGACACUAUAACAUAAAUAUUAUAUUUAUAUAAAACCAAAGAAGAACAGGUUCCAAUGGUACUACUGUGGCAGAUAGAGCCCUCUCGUUUCACCAGAAAUGAAGGAGAAUUCCCUGGUUUUUGUCUUCCUCUACAGAUAGCAGGUUCCUGAUUUUAUGUUUACCAAAAAAAACAAGCCCCCACCUUUCGUUACCGCACCGAAAACAAGAAACUGACACUUGAAUUUGGAGCCAUGGAUGAAAAUUAAGGAAACAGACAAGCUUUCCACAUUAUCACUAUAUUUCUUGGUUUCCUCUCAGUUUCAAAUGUCAAAAAUCUCAGGCGAUGAUGGAAGCCUCUCUUCUGGUAACACUGGAGAGGAAGUCCACCAGCUGCUCCUCAAAAAUAACUUCCCACCGGCCUCAGUUUCCAACACCAAUAGUUCUUCCUCUCAACAGCCACAGCCACAGCCACAGCCACAGCCACCGGUCAAGAGGAAGAGAAAUUUACCAGGAACUCCAGAUCCAAAUGCUGAAGUUAUAGCUCUAUCACCGACGACGCUUAUGGCGACAAAUCGGUUCGUAUGCGAGAUAUGCAACAAAGGAUUUCAAAGGGACCAGAACCUACAAUUGCACCGGAGAGGCCACAAUCUUCCGUGGAAGCUAAGGCAAAGGACCACCACUGAAGUCAAGAAACGAGUCUACAUAUGCCCCGAGCCCACUUGUGUCCACCACAACCCUGCUCGUGCACUGGGGGAUCUCACUGGAAUAAAGAAGCAUUUCAGCCGUAAGCAUGGGGAGAAGAAAUGGAAAUGCGACAAGUGCUCCAAAAAAUACGCUGUGCAAUCGGAUUGGAAAGCUCAUCAGAAGACCUGUGGUACUAAGGAAUACAAAUGUGAUUGUGGAACCAUUUUUUCAAGGAGAGACAGCUUCAUCACCCAUAGAGCAUUCUGCGAUGCAAUAGCUGAAGAAAACAUCAAGGUGAACCAAGGGCUAAUGAAUAACGCGGGAUCAAACUUACAAAACCAAAUGCCAGAUCUUCUCAUGUCAUCAAUGCCAAUGUGCAAUGACAACACAUUUAUGGGAAUAUCUGAUUUCAACAACUUUGACUCGAAAAGUACCCCACUCAAAUCCCUUUCCCAAGAGCUAGUGCCAAUGCCAUUUAGGUCCAUGAACAUAGGAGGAGGCAUGUUUUCAAGCAGCUCGGGCACUCUAUUUGGCACCACGAGAAGCAUUUCUUCAGCUUCGUCUAGCCUACAGCUCAGUUCAAACGGUUCAUCUGGCUUCAAUUAUUUGCAGGAUACCAAAAAAGGUUGCCAAAUUGCCGAGUCGCCCCACAUGUCUGCAACAGCCUUGCUGCAGAAAGCAGCCCAAAUGGGUGCAACUGCAAGUAAUAGUAUAAACUCACCAAUGAUGCAAACAAGCUUUGCUAGUAGCAUGGCAGGUCCUUACCAGGCCAUUAGACCGCCAACUUUUGGCGGUAUUCAGCAGCAAAACAUAUCUAAUUAUGACCAAUUCCCAUCACAAACUGACCAGUCAAGCAUGGUUGGAAUCAGCGAGGGAUUCUCCAACCAACUCAUGCAAAAAAGCCCCAAUGAAUUCGCCCAACUUUUUCAAGGAAGCUCAGCAAUGAACGAGAUGGGAAUGUUGACUAACAUGCUCAUCAGUGGAGUUGACCGAAACCAAGGCUUGAUGAAGAACGUGGAACAUGAAGGUAGUGGUAGUUCUUAUAACUUGUUGCAACGAAGGAAGCCAACGGGGCCAUCAAUAUAUGGAGCCAGCAGUGGAGGAGGUAACAUGACGACCCUUGAUUUCAUGGGGAUCGGAGGGUCAAGGCCGACCAAUUUGCACGAACAGCAGCAUCUGCAACAAAGGUUGGAAUUGGAAGCAAUAAGCCAACAAAGACUGCCAAUGAUGAACCCUUUCCAGCAACAGUACUCGGAUGGGGAUUCAACUAUUGAAAAGCCCAUCUGGGAUGUCUGAGAGCUAUUGUUUUUUGUUUUUCUUUGGUUAUUCUAUGUUGUCAGCCUUCCCUGGAAGAUUUUCCAGGUGACAGUGCUGAGAUGGCCAAUUUGGCAUUAGCUAGGUACCAAAGAGGGUUCAAAGGGUCCACACCCAUUUAUCUAUCCUUUUAAGUUCAUGAAUGAUGAACAGUGGGAAAGGGAAAGCAAUGUGUAAACCUUGUAUCCACUCCCCCAAAAAGCCUCAUUUUUCUUUCAAA